GCUGAGCUCCCGGACUGCUCUCCUGCUGCUCAGCCUCGUCGUCGCGCACAAUGCUCUCGCUGUGUCUGGUGCCCCUCUCGCUGUCGCUUCUUGUGUCGGCGAGUCUGCACCGCUCGCUGCUCCCACAGGAUCCCUAUGCAUUCCCAAAGUACCGCGUGGCGUACGUGAACGGCCUCCCUGUCCUGAACGAGACCGCCGAGCGGUGGCUGCGCGAAGGCCUCAAGGGCGGCCAGGCAGAGUUUCUCGACGAGACAUGGGAGUGGAGCGAAACAGCAUGGCAUAGUGGCUCGCCCAAGAGCAUCGAAGGCGGUGCAGACCAGGGCAUCGGUUCCACACCUGCAGUCCCCAGACCCCGGACGGAAUCCACCUACAGCCUAGAACUCAUGCGGCUGGGUCCUCGGAUGACAUACCUGUGUCUUAUUCCGCCCCCACCAGACGAAAGCACUGCAACCAUCGCGAACGAACCGGAACCAGACGUAUCACCACUGUCCGGCUGGUCCCUCUUGCAACCACUUAACGGCAAGUGCCUCUACCACAGGCAAGGCUGGUUCACCUAUGCUUAUUGCCACAAUUCACAUGUCCGUCAAUUCCACGAGCUACCUCAACAGGCCAACAAUCGGCACGGCGAAUACACCCCCGAGGAAGACGCGGAAUGGGAAGCCUACACCCUCGGGCGAGCCCCACCGACUCCAGAACCCGGCGCAGAUCUCACCGUUGCAGAACAGGCCGCCAUCGCUGCGAACGUCGAACUCGCUCGCGGGGCACGCUCGCACUAUCUCGUGCAGCGCUGGGGCGACGGGUCGCACUGCGACAAGACGGGCAAGAAGCGUGAGAUCGAAGUCCAGUUCCAUUGCUCGAUGACGAUGACAGACACCAUCCUCUUCGUCAAGGAAACCCUGACAUGUCACUACGUGCUGCACAUCGCCACCCCACGGCUGUGCGGUGUGCCCGGCUUCAAGUCGCGUGUCGACGACCGCAACGAAGCCUUCAUCCGCUGCCGUGAGAUCCUCGACGAGGCCGAGUACCAGAGCGCGGACAGGUCCCUGCAGGCUGCGGACCGCCCGCUCAAGGUGCCGAAAAAGACGAAACCAGUCAUCGCGCCUCCUCCACCGGAACCCGCCACGGAACCCAAGGUGCCGCGGGACAUCAUCCGCCAGGCACUCGCCAAAUUUCUGGAGAAGGAUGCGAUGAGGACGGGGCCGGGCACGGACGUGUUCGUCGAAGACCUCGAGGACGACGGCGGCGAAGUCAUGAUCGAGUUCAUCGACCUCGACCUCGACCUCGAUCUGGGCGGCGAAGAUCUUCAGGUCCAGCUGGAUGCGGCAGGAGAUCAGCUGGCAGAUGCGCUCCGUGCGGCAGGAUAUGGCGUCAAAGAUGAGAAGCGAAGUGACGAGAAGGGCAGCCAGGGAAAGGGUACCGGGAAGAAGAAGACCGCGUCGAAGGGCAACGGCGAAGGCGAAGCUAAACCUCGCCGAGACGAGCUCUAACGAGGGAGAAGCAUCCCACUGAUCUUUGCUUGCUUGCCAUGUACUUCAUCUCCGUUCCCUAGAUACUCAGAACCUUCGCAAUACACUCAUCUUAUCUCAUUUACGUGUCAUCGUCAUACCGCCGAGGCACGUUGACCCACGAGCACCAGA